AUGUCCACUACAAUUAUCACCACUUCCACCCUGCGCACCCUCCGCCUAACCCCAACAACGCGCCUCACCCUUCGCAGCCUUUCCACCACCUGCACAGCCCAGAAUGACAGCCAAAUGCGAAUGCUAAUCGUCGGUUCCCCCGGUUCCGGCAAAGGCACCCAAUCAGCACGCUUACUCAAACAUCACUCCUUCACAGUUCUGUCCGCAGGUGACGUUCUUCGAUCGCACAUCCGACGAGCCACCCCCAUCGGCCAACGUGCAGAAUCCGUCAUCAAGCAAGGGGGACUGAUGCCAGAUCAAGUAAUGAUGGAUUUGAUCGGUUCUGAAGUCUCUUCUCUCGCUUCCAAAGAUUGGCUUUUGGAUGGAUUCCCACGGACUUUGGGACAGGCGGAAAUGCUGGAUGCUAUGCUGGAGAAAGAAGGAAAGCCGCUGAAGUUGGUGGUGAAUCUAGACGUGCCGGAAAGUGUUAUUCUCGAUAGGAUUCUCCAGCGAUGGACGCACCUUCCUUCAGGCCGUGUUUACAACCUCAGCUACAACCCACCAAAGGUUCAAGGCAAAGAUGAUAUCACCGGAGAGCUGCUCAGCAAGAGGGAAGACGACAACGUCGAAACUUUCGGUAAACGUUUAAGAUCAUUCCACGCACAAACCGAACCCAUGCUCCAACACUACCGUUCCAAAUCAUCCUCCAUCACCGAUAUCGAUUGUCGAACCAACACGGACCCUUCCACAGCCCUUGCCUCAACAAAAGGAGACGAGCUGUUCGUAAACUUACGAGGAGACGAAUCGAAUCAGAUCUGGCCACACCUGUACAAGAUUGUUCAAUCUAGAUUUCCGUCCCUCAAAACCGCAUAA